GACCAAGAGAAAAGGGCGUGUUUCUGGUAUCUCUGCAGCAGCAGUACAGAACAGUACGCAGAAUCUAUUUAUUGAAUAGGAAAUAAGAGAGGUGGGGGAAAAACACAAACGGGGCAAAGGAGCUGGUCACUGGUCAUCAUUUCAGCUGCAAGAGGAAGAGGAAACGGCAGGUGUGAGCGCGACCUGCCAGCGGUGCCCAUUAUAGACACCUUCACCUUCAGGAAGCUGCAGGAGGCCGAACGGGGACCAACCUGCAGACGCAGCUGUUAGUCCAUUCGCCCACGUGCCCACGGCCACGCCCCCUCGCCGUUCUGAUUGGAUGGGACAGUGAGCCAUGUCUUCAUCGCAGAUUCAGCGGCUGGGCGGCCCCCUCUCCCUCGUCCCCUUCUCUCUGCUCCUGAUCCUGAUUCUCCACCCAGGCUGGGCAGUCAUUCACAUCCCUGAAGACUAUCAAAUAAGCAACUUCAAGCAGCCGCCCGUAAUCAAGGAACAGCCAAUGUCAUACACCGCCUUUACUGUUGAAGACAUCGGUUUCACGUGUGAAGCCUCUGGAAACCCACCACCAAUAUUUCGCUGGCUAAAGGAUGGACAGCAGUUUGACCCUGCCGCAGACCCCCGGCUAUCAGUAUCAGAAAAUUCCGGAAAUUUCACGGCCUCGGGGGAAGGACCCAUCAGUCAGUACCAGGGGAGGUACCGCUGCUAUGCCUCAAAUGAGCUGGGCACUGCCGUCUCUACGGAAGCCCGAGUCAUUACAGAGAGUACUCCCAUUCUGACGAAGGAGAAGAAGGUGCAGAUCAAGGUAGAACAAGGAGACAAAGUCAUUUUGUACUGUAACCCUCCUUUCAGCACAACCAUGCCUCACAUCCACUGGAUGGAUAUAAACUUGAAGCACAUAGAACUGAAUGAACGUGUGGUCAAGGGCCAAGACGGGAGCCUCUAUUUCUCCAAUGUGCUUUCCACGGACAGCCGUAAUGACUACAUCUGCCACGCCCAGUACAUCUUUGCCAGAACUAUCCUGCCUAAAGAGCCAGUCACACUCAUUGUGGCCCCCUCAAACUCGGUGGUGCAUAACCGCAGGCCUCAGCUGCUCCAGCCCCCUGGCUCCCACAGCUCUUUGAUAGCCCUGAGGGGCCACAGCCUGGUUCUGGAGUGCAUUCCCGAGGGCCUGCCAACGCCGUCCAUCACAUGGCACAGGAAAGAUGGAGUUCUCUCCCAAUCCCGUGUCAUUAAGCAAAACUUCGACAGGUGGCUGAAUUUCACCAGCGUUGAAGAGAGCGACGAUGGGGAGUACCAGUGCAGCGCCAAAAACACACAGGGUGUGGCCACACACACCUACACCGUCACUGUGGAAGCGGCUCCAUACUGGACCAAGCAGCCUGUGAGCCAGUUGUAUGCGCCGGGAGAGACUGUGAGGCUGGACUGCCAGGCAGACGGCAUCCCCACCCCUACAAUCAGCUGGAGCCUCAACGGAAACCCCAUCGCGGCCGUCGACCCUGACGUCAGACGCAUGGUGCACGGUGGCACCCUGACGCUACGAGACGUGACAAACAGCGACACGGCCGUGUACCAAUGCGAGGCCUCCAACAAGCACGGGACUAUCCUGGUCAACACCUACAUAUACGUCAUUGAACUUGCCCCUCAGAUCCUGACAGAGGAUAAAAUGAUAUACACGGCCACGCAGGGACAGACGGUCUCGCUCAUCUGCCGCACGUUCGGUUCCCCCAGGCCAAAGGUCGAAUGGGAGAGUGACAGCCACGAGAUGCUGUUGUCCCAUGCCAGAGUGUCCCAGCAGGUCAAUGGGACUCUGCAAAUCCACGAUGUUUCUCCACAGGAUGAAGGUCUCUACAAGUGCUCCAUGUUGAACACCAACCUGUCCAUCAGCGCAGAGCUGGAAGUGCUGAACAGGACAGAGAUUGUGCGCAGUCCUGGGCACCUGCGUGUCCACAGAGGGCAUUCAGCUGUCCUGCACUGCGAGGCCUACGUGGAUCCACUGCUGCGCAGCCUCCGACAUCCGCAGACAGUGUGGCGGAAGAACAAACACAAGAUCCAUGAGUCUGCUGCUGAAGACAAGUACAUAUUUGAUGGGUCCAGCCUCAUAAUAUCCAACACUGAACCCAAGGACGAGGGGGUUUACACCUGUGAAGUUAUAACUGAAUUGGACACAGCAAAUGCCAGUGGCUCCAUUACUGUUGUGGACCGUCCAGACCAACCCUCACACCUGAAGCUCUCUGAUAUCCAGAAUCAUAGUCUGACCCUGAGCUGGACCCCAGGCUAUGAUCACAACGGACCGAUAAAUGAAUUUGUUGUGGAGGUUGAAAGUCCCAGUGGGGGACACUGGCACAAAAUGAUCAAUGUCUCAGGAGAGAUCGAGCAAGUGGAGAUCCAUCUUCGGCCCUUCUGGACAUACCGCUUCCGAGUCAUCGCUGUCAAUGAGUACGGCAGAAGUGAGCCGAGUGAGCCCUCGGAAUUGCACCACACGCCGCCUGCUGUCCCAGACAGGAACCCUCAGAACGUAAGGAGUGAUUCUAAUGACCCAGACUCCAUGGUGAUCGCAUGGAAGGAGUUGGAUAAAAAGUACUUCAAUGGUCCUGGGUUUCAGUACAAAGUCAUGUGGAGGCACCCUGUGGGACAUGGGCCUCACUGGCACCAGAACUUUUCCACCACAUCCCCGUAUGUCGUGAAGUCCACAGGCACCUUCAAACCCUUUGAGAUCAAAGUUCAGGCUGUCAAUCAUAUUGGAGAAGGUCCCGCCCCCAAUGCCAUCAUUGGCUACUCUGGAGAAGACGUGCCUCUAGAGGCACCCCUGAACAUCAGCACAGAGGAUAUUAACAGCACUACCAUUCGAGUGACGUGGGAUCCUGUGAGCACGGAUUCAAUCCGGGGCCAUCUCCAGGGUUACAAGAUCCACCUCCGGAGGCCUGGCCACCAAGGUGGACGGGGCCAUAGGACCAGAGGGAACCAUGAGAAACAUGAGAAUGAAGCCUGGGUGGUGAUUGUCGUGGGACAGGGCCAUGAGCACGUGCUGGCCGGCCUGUUGCCCUUCUCAGAUUACCAGCUGAAACUCUUAGUCUUCAACAACAAGAGCGAUGGCCCCCUAUCAGAGCUGCACCAUUUCAAAACCCCAGAGGGAGUACCGAGCCCCCCUGGGUCGCUGCACUUCGACAGUCCCUCGGAGACAGAACUGACCUUGCGAUGGACCCCACCCAGACACCCAAAUGGAAUACUGACGGGGUACCUGCUGCAUUACCAGGAAUUGGACAGCAAUGAGCAAGAGAUGAAGCUGCAGAUUAUCGACGACCCCACGGUGUCGCACAUCACCCUGCAGAACCUGGAUCCAAAGAGUUACUACAGCUUCUACCUGCGGGCGCACACUUCCGCAGGAGACGGCGACCCCAUCGUGAAGAAGGCCGCCACACUUCUCGACAGCGGUCCUCCCACCAAUAUCACCACAUUUACUGGAGAAACUAGUGUUAAUCUCAGCUGGGUGCCAGGAGAGAGAAGCAGAAAUGUCGUAUUCCUUGUGGAGUAUUACAAGAAUGGAGAAGGUCAACUGCAGGCGUCAGAAGCCAUCAACUCCACUCAGUCCUUCUACCAACUCCAAGGCCUGAAGUCUGGAACAUAUUAUAAACUUAAAUUCAUCUCCAACAACAGCACGUUCUGGAAUACAACAGUGAAGACUGCAGGACCAGGGCUGAUUCCUGUGGACGAUAACUUUGCCACUCAAGGCUGGUUCAUCGGGCUCAUCAGUGCGAUCGUGCUUCUGGUGCUGGUAUUGCUUAUUCUCUGCUUCAUCAAAAGAAGCAAAGGGGGCAAGUAUGCAGUCAAAGACAAGGAGGAGGGACAUGUGGACUCAGAUGCUCGUCCCAUGAAGGACGAGACACUCGGGGAAUACAGAUCAUUGGAAAGUGACAAUGACGAGAAGCAUUCCGGAAGUCAGCCCUCUCUGGGUGGUGAGAGCAAGCUGGGCAGCGACGACAGCCUGGCUGGCUGCGGCGAGAGUAUGGAGAUCCAAUUCAAUGAAGAUGGCUCCUUCAUCGGCCAGUACGGUGGAGUUAGGGAUGCACCUGGCACCGUUGGCCAUGACAGCUCCGGGGCCACUUCUCCUGUCAACCCUGGCAUCGUCCCCCCUCCGCGCCCAAGCGUCCCCACCUCGAUCAGUGCACUCCUGAGGGGCAAUUAGGCAGCCUGACACACAGCAGCUUACAUGGCGAUUCCGACUGACACAACCUGAUACUGUUCCAACCAACACCCCUCUGGAGAGGCUUAUCCACACACACAGACACACUUAGGCGGCACACAGCCAAACACAACAGAAACUAAAGCAGCGUCCAAUCGAAUUCCACAUCUUGUGAGACAAAAAUGGAUCUAAUUUAAGCUAAACAUCCAAUUUUACAUCGUGUAAAUUACGGAAAUCGCCAAGAGCAGUUUAUAGAAGUACCUGCGAGAUGGUUCAGAAGCCCAUUGCCCCUAUGUUUAGCCUCUGUUGGCCAUUUGGUAAAUAUAUCAAAUGGUUUUGACAGAUGAGCAUCUACCAGAUGAACCGUGAGGGAAAUGACCAUGGAAAGUACCUUCAUUAGCAAGGAGGAACAUUCAGCGCUGCAGUAACUAUGCAAUUCAGUUCCUGUGGCAUCAUACCAAAAUGUAACAAGGCGGGAUCACUACAGAGCACGAUUAUGAGUUAGGGCUGUGGGCUCAGCAUAAUGUUUACCUAUGAAGUUUCACACUUUCAGACCUAGGAUGAUAAAAGCAUAUUGAAAACAAUUCUUAUAAACUGUUGCUGAUGGACUACAUGUGAUUGUUGUUAUUGUCAUUAUAAUAAUUAUAUCCUGUCUGCCAUUUAAGUGUCUUAAACAUAACAGUACAGUGUCUUAUUAGCUUUUGUCAAUGUCUGUGUCACUGUCAUCAAAUGUUACUUUUUAUGGACCCUUAUUUUUGUACUUCUUUUAUAUCUUUAUAAAAUGUAUUUUAUUUAAUAUAUUUUGUUUAUGAUCAGGUUAUUUUAUUUUCAAAACAGAAACAUUGUUUAAUUGUUUAACCACGAGAGAUACAUUUCAUAGUUACUUUGUGUAGCGUUUUCUGUGCUUUUAUAUCUGUAUCUGCCUUUUAAAAGUCUUUGGCCUGUCUUUUUCUAUCUGUAUGGGAGACCCAUAUUUUGGGGGAAAUUUCUGAUGCUACAUUAGCCAAAUUAUAUGCGUAUUAUGAGUAUAAAUUGUGGGAAAAGUAUUGGGAGGUUAGCAGAACGAGCUGGGAACAUAGUCAGGUACACAUAGUGGUCUGGUAAAUACAAGAGGGAGAGGCAAUGUAGGCGUUUCUUGACAGAGUAAUGAAAUUGCCUACGAUAAAUCAAAAAAGAGCACUGACGAGCGGUAGAUAAAGUGCUCUGAUUGGAGUAAGUGGAUGAGGUCAUUGAUCAGGGAACAGGCAGUUCUUGAAACCAGCUACUGUGUAGAAGAUGAGAUUAAAAAUCAAACCACAGGUAGAUCAGUGUCAGCCACAGGGAGGUCAUUUUUCAUAGAUGGGGACCAUGAUCUUUCUGGGUUCCUGUUCUUGUCCACAUACCUCUUUGUCCAGUACUAUAAAUUUUCCUUUAUGAUAUUUGUAUCUUCGCUAAAAAACGUUUGGAAUGAAGCAUUGCUACCAUUUCUGCAUAGAGGUUCAUUUUCAUGUUUUUGCCCUCACUCAGCUAUAUUGCAGCGAAAGCUUGGUUUUUUUUUAUUUAAAAUGCAUACAAUUCAUCAGUCAUUUCUAAUAGAUGAAAACACUGGGUUUUAAUAAGCUCUGAAGUUUUGAAAUGUCCUCCUGUAUUGCUACACAUUGUUCCUUGACUGAUGGCAAUUCACAUCCAGGAAGUCUUUCCUUUUUUACUGAGCAUCAUCUAAUGUACAACAUGCAGGUGCACACACACCUAGUAGUGUGGAACAUAACAUUACACUUAAUAUAGAUGUUAAGAUACAACAACAAACUGUAAAAACCAAGUGUUGCAACAAAGCAUCAUGUGCUGAGUGAAGUGGAAUUGUUAUAUUCAGUACAACUAUACGAACAUUGGUGUUAACAUCAUAUAUAUUCUUUGCCGAGCUGGUAAAUGAGAGAAAUGUAUCGAUGACAAAUAUAUUUCCACAUCUCUGUGUAGCCUGAAUAUUAAUGGUAGCAGCAAAGGAGUAGAAGGAUAUUUGCAGGACUUGUUAAAAUGAGAGUCAGGUAUGGAAUAUGUAGAGAUAGCGGAAGAGCAGAUGUUACUUCCUGAAUGUAAAUAAGACCCACAGGAUUGUGUACAUUAUCCGAAAGACUGCUUGAAAAUUGUUUUGUUUCUGAUUUUCUUUUUAUAUCAUUGCACUGCAUCGAUGUAGUACAGAGAUUCUGUUUUUUGUUGUCAUAAAGUAUCAAAUGAAACAUUUUUUGUCUUGUUUCCAGUAUACAUUAAUAGUUAUCAGGCAGUUUUAGCAUAUUAGCGUAUAAUGACAAAGACAUUUCUCUGAUUACUUGCAAUUCUUUUAGUGAUAGAAUGCUGCAAAAAAAAAUAAACAUCCACGGUGAUGGAUGAAAAUGGAGAACACUGAUGUCAGUCCAUGCUGAGAUAUGAAUGAAGUGCAUUUUGAUCAAUGUCUUUUUAUACUGUUAGUCAGGAGCGUGAGUGUUUGUACCUAUUCGUGCUGAUGGGACACCUGCCAGGUUUCAUCGGGCUACUUUUCAAAUCCGUGUGGUGUCCAGUCCCCACAGUGUGUGCAGUGUUUAGCUGUUUUUGCUUCAAAUGCUGAUUCCUCACUUAAACGCAUCAGGGACCAAGUGUAGUGCAUGAGGAACAAGACGCAUUUAGGGGAUAACCAACCACGCAGACCAGUGUGUUGCCCAAGUGUCCUCUGUUCAAGAACUGAUGUCACAGACAGCAUGAAACAGGAAAUCCAGAACACUCACUCUACUGCCUAUUUAUGGGAGUAUAUUGCUAUUGUAUGUAACUUUCUUGCCUGUCGUCUUUUUUAGAUAACAAAAAAAACAAUAAAAAAUAAAGUUCUAAAAGAAAAAUGACAGCUUCUAAAAAACGCUGAAAGCUGUAACAUGAGAUUACCAAAAUGAAGGGGAGGAUUGCAGUUACCCAUCACAGACUGGGGCGUGUUCUAGGGAGAAAUGAUGGAAUGAGGUUGCAGGAGUAUGUUUUGAUGCUCAGCAGUCCUGCAGUAGGAUGGGGCUUUCAUUCGGGGGCACUGACAUUGUACAUGCUUAUUGCAUCAGCCGCUGUAACAGCAACAGCAAAUAAAAUAAUGGAUUAUGCAGAA